UAGUAUUUGGAAAGAAUCGGCAACACUGAAAAUGAGUCAGUGUCUACCUGUAAGUGCGAAGAUGUCGAAGGCAAAGAAGGUAUUGGAUGAAGCCCGGGAAACGCAAAACCGGGAGUUGGACUUGGUGGACAAGGGCCUGACCUCCUUCGAGGAGCUGCCUGGAUUGUUUAGCAUGUCCAACAUCACGCGUCUUACUCUUUCUCACAACAAAAUUAGUGUGAUUAGUCCGGGAAUCGCCAAUCUGCUGAAUUUGGAAAUUCUGAAUCUCUCGAAUAAUCAACUGACCGAACUGCCUGUCUCGUUGUCUUCCAUGCCCAAGCUACGCAUCCUGAAUGUGUCCAUCAAUCGGCUAAUUAACCUGCCGAGAGGUUUUGGCGCUUUCCCCGUACUGGAGGUCCUUGAUCUGUCCUACAACAAUCUGAAUGAACAGGUUUUGCCUGGCAACUUCUUUGGCAUGGAGACACUGCGUGCCUUAUAUUUGGGCGACAACGAUUUUGAGUACAUACCGAAGGAGGUUGGUCAAUUGAAAAACCUUCAGAUCCUGGGAUUGCGCGACAACGAUCUCCUGGAGCUGCCCCGUGAAGUUGGAGACCUGGUGCGACUGAGGGAGCUGCACAUUCAGAACAAUAGGUUGCAGGUCUUGCCUCCGGAAAUCUCCCAGCUGGAUCUGCUAAGCAACAAAUCAGUGAUGAAGAUGGAGGAGAAUCCCUGGGUUAAUCCCAUUGCCGAGCAAUAUCUUCUGGGCAUAAGCCAUGUUAUCGACUAUCUCAAAACCGAGACAUACAAAAUCAUCUACAACCGGCACAUGCAGGCUGGACGCAGCGGACCACCACCACCCAAGGCCGACAAGAGCAAGAAGGCCUCUCGGAUACGUGCUUAAUUGGAGAAGACUCAUUUGCCAUUGAUAGAGUCUUCUAUGAACCUGUGUUCGUCUUGUUCGUUUUUAACCAAACUGUUUUUGUAUACUAAUUUGUAAGUAUUUGUAAACUAAUAGGAAUUUUUACAAAGUGCCUUAAACUUUUAAUCGUCAACUAAAUAAAUAAAUUUAAA